CGUCCCGAGCGGAGCGCCAGAGGUAGGGGGUCGUGCAGGAGACUCUGGGGUGGCGCUGUCCUGUCACAAGGGCUUCCUACCAGUGGAUUCUGUAGAAUAUACUGCCAGCCUUGUCUCCCUUUCAUCAUGGCUUCUUCUGAUAUUCAGGUGAAGGAACUGGAAAAACGUGCUUCGGGCCAGGCUUUCGAGCUCAUUCUCAGCCCUCGGUCCAAAGAGUCGGUCCCAGACUUCCCCCUCUCCCCUCCAAAGAAGAAGGACCUUUCUCUGGAGGAAAUUCAGAAGAAAUUAGAAGCUGCUGAGGAAAGACGCAAGUCCCACGAGGCGGAGGUCUUGAAGCAGCUUGCUGAGAAGCGAGAGCACGAGAAAGAAGUACUGCAGAAAGCCAUUGAAGAGAACAACAACUUCAGCAAAAUGGCAGAAGAGAAGCUGACCCACAAGAUGGAGGCUAACAAGGAGAACCGGGAGGCGCAGAUGGCCGCCAAGCUGGAGCGCUUGCGGGAGAAGGACAAGCACAUUGAAGAAGUGCGGAAGAACAAAGAAUCCAAAGACCCUGCGGAUGAGACCGAGGCUGACUAAGUUGUUCUGAGAAUUGACUUUCUCCCCUUCCCCUUCCUUAAUAUCCAAAGACUGUACUGGCCAGUGUCAUUUUAUUUUUUCCCUCCUGACAAUACCCUAGAAGCUGAUGUAGGACUGUAUAGGUAGAUCCAGACUGUAAGGUGGUGUUUUAGGGGCUAAAGGGGAGAAACUGCAAGUGUUUUACUCUUUUUCUAAAGUGUUGGUCUUUCUAAUGUAGCUAUUUUUCUUGCAUCUUUUCUACUUCAGUACACCCAGUGUACUGGGUUAAUGGCUAGUACUGUAUUGGCCCUGUGAAAAAAAUGUUUGUGAAAAGAGUAUGUAGUGGCCCCUCCCAACUGUUAGAUGCUGAUUAUCUGUUCACUUUUCAACCCCAAGUUCUGUCCCCAUCUUACCAGAUGCUACUGUACUUGAAUGGUUAAUAAAACUGCACAGUGCUGUG